UCAAAUUUCUAAAUUAAAACCAUGGCAACCUGGAUGCGGAUUGCCCUCUGUUUAUUGUUGGCUUCUUUCGCCAAUGCUGACUGCGAUGCAGACGUGGAUGCUUAUAUUCAAGCAUUAAGCAAUCCGACGAGCCUUCAACUGUGGUCUCUAGAAAUGUUUGAUUCGUCAACAAAAUUCAUCAAUGAUGGAGUCUUUGAGCUGUCAUUUAUCUUCCAAUUCGCGAAUUUUGACCAAUGCUUGGCGGUGAAUGGUCCUCAAGCAGCGGACGGACAGCCUAGAUUCAUUGGACAGUACUGCUUUUUUAACGGUGGCUUAAGGAUCCCCUUAAACGACAUUAAUUCAAAAAAGACCUUACAAGUGCAACAGAAUUUAAAACAUAUUACAGAUUUUCGCAAAGGAAAAAGGGCAACUGCAGACAGUGAGCUAAUUAUCCCAUCAGCUUGGGGUGUGUGCGCACCAUCAUCGUGUGGCUCGGAUGGAGUGAAGCGAGUUGCUGACUUCAACAUGCAGAUUUUUGCAAGCACAUUAGGUUCUGAAGCAAAUACAACCAUUUGGCCAAACUCUUGCUACCACAAUAAUGAUGGUUCCACGGAUUUGGACGUAGCAUCUUGGUGUUUCAUCGCAUUUGUUUCUCUUCUCGUUGUCUUGAUAGUCGUGUCCACUUUAAUUGAACUAAUGUUUCCAACGUUUGGUAAAUAUUUUCGCUUUUAAAACCUCAUCUUAAAUUUCAAAAUUGCAGGGUUUAAAUCAAUUACCAAUGCAUUUUCCCUUAAGCAAACUCUCGUAAGGGAUUUAAUGCGGAUUCCUAAAGGAAAUGUCUCUGGGCACUUGGGAUGCUUGCACGGAGUGAGAACAUUAUCUAUGCUGUGGGUAAUUUUAAGCCACUCCUACUCCCUUGCCACAAGUGUUCCAGUGCAAAAUUUGGCAUCUUUCACAACUAAGUUUAUGCAACAAUGGUAUAUGGCACCAAUCUUAAACGGUUACUUGGCUGUCGAUACAUUUUUUCUGCUGAGCGGGCUGCUAACUGUGUAUGUUCCUUUGAUGGACCUGGCGAAGGGUAGAAAAUUCAACGUGAUAAAAUACUAUCUCUACAGAUAUUUGAGAAUCACCAUUCCGUUUGCCGUUUUCAUUUGGUUUAUGUCCACAGUAUUUAUUUACACAGGCAAUGGGCCAAUCUGGCAUUUCAUCUUGUCCCCUGGCAGAAAGAUAUGUCAGGAUAAUUGGUGGGCUAAUCUUCUGUACAUAUCAAACUACUUCUUUGAAUUUUGUAUGUCGCACACUUGGUACCUGUGCGUGGACAUGCAGCUUGCUCUUUUGGCACCGUUGAUUAUUUACCCGCUGAUGCGAUGGCCCAAAAUUGGCCUUAUUGCUAUCUUAUUUCUCACGCUGGGAUCAGUCGCUGCCGUCUUUGCUGUUACUUAUACUGAGAAUUUGCCGUGGACAGCACAGUUGAACGUUUCUCCUGCCAAAUCAGAACGAUACUGGAACAUAAUUUAUAUGAACACGCCAAUGAGGGCCUCGCCGUACUUGAUUGGAAUGGCCCUUGGCUAUUUUCUAAGCAAGAAGCACCACGUGUCCUUGCCUGAAUGGGUAGUCGCCUUGGGAUGGUUUGGAAGCACAGCUCUUGCCCUUACAGUCAUAUUCCUCGUUCUAAUUCCUUAUUCAGAUGACUAUGUUCCAAACGCUGUAAAAGCUGCAUUCUACAGCAGCCUUCACAGGCCUGCUUGGUCCAUUAGUCUAUGCUGGAUAAUUUGGGCUUGUGUCAACGGCUACGGUGGAUUUGUUAACAAAAUUUUGUCCUGGAAAUAUUUCGUCCCACUAAGCAAACUGACAUUUUGUGCCUAUUUGGUCCACUUGACAGCAAUGAAUUUAUGUAACGGCCUUCGCAGGACUCCAUACUUUGUGUCACACUUUGAAAAUUGGUACCUGUUUAGCGGCUUUACUAUCGUUACUCUGCCGUAUACCGUUGCCCUUUACUUGAUGGUAGAAGCACCAUCAAUGAAUUUGAUGCGGCUCGCUUUCAAAAAACGGAAAGCUGACACAGCAUUUGUAUCUGACAAGGCCAACAAAACACUAGAAAAGGAAUCCUGAGGAGACGAACAUAGAUUCCCGCACUGCAGAAUAAUCUUGUCAUCUAUUUAAUAUCCAAAAUAUUGUUUUUAAAUCGUUAAAUAAAAUCUUUAUU